CCCACCUGCCCCCUGAUAUGGAAGGUGCAGCCCUGCUCUAAUCCCAUCAGUCAGUUUGUGAUAAGGGGCAGUAUCGCUGGGCAGUGCAUAUAAGGCACAGAUGAAGGCACAGUAACAGUUAAUUCCCAGGGAAGAGCAGGCACCAACAUGACUAACCCACUUGCCCUCACUGCCCAGCUCUGGCUUCUUACAGCUACAUUCCUCUGCACAGGGGAGUGUCAGCACCAGGUCCGUGUCCCCCCGGGGCCCCUACUCCGCACUGAGGGCUCCGCAGUCUCCCUAUGGUGCAAUGUGAGCGGCUCCCCGGCCGGGGGGUUCGAAUGGUCCGUGUUCCCCUCACACUCCCCCUCCCAGAAACUGCAGAUCAUCAGCUCCACCGACCCGCACUUCUCCUACGCGGUGUACCGGGAGCGGCUGUCCGUGCGUAGGGAGAUCUACCUGCAGGGUGUGAGUGCCGGUACCGGCAGGCUCCAUAUCAGCCACCUACGGGCAGGGGAUGCGGGGGAGUAUGAGUGCCACACCCCCAACACCCAGCACAAUUACUAUGGCACCUACAGCGCCAGCGUCAGACUCACAGUGAUUCCGGACCUACUGAGGGUUCUGAUUGUGUCCCCUGAGUCGGUGACUGCUGAGGAACAGAACCCCCUGACCCUGGGCUGUGAAGUCUCCUCUAGGACCCAGCAUCAUACCCACUUCUCUGUCACCUGGUUCCGCAGGAGCAAAGAGACCCCCCACCCUGUCCUCUCUCUCUCAAGGGACUUUAUUGUCUCCGCUGGGCGAAGCUUCCACUGGCGCCACCAGGCGGGGGAGAUUGGCAUGGAGAAAGUAUCGCCCACCCUGUACCAGCUGAGAUUUACCCGGCUGCACCUUACAGACCAGGCCGAGUAUUACUGCCAAGCAAGCGAGUGGAUCCAGGACCCAGAUGAGACCUGGUACCCACUGACCACUAAGAGAAGCAGAUCCACCAGAAUCCAGUUCAGCUCUCAAGAAAUGAUGUCAGCAGUACGGAGCUCCUCCUUCAGAUGGGCUGGGCCACAGACCACACCCAUAUUCCUUGGGCUCCUCCUCCUUCAGUCUUGGCCUUCAGGAUAAACUUCAUGCCCCUACAGCAAACUGGGGGAAGAGGAUGAGAGUGGGACAUCCCCGCUGAGAAUGCUGGGUAACUGGCUGAGGGACUGUCACAUGGUGUCAAUGACACAGGGGAUUGGCUGCCGGUGCCACCCCACAAUCUGUAUAUACUGUAUAUAGUGUAUAUCCUCCCCAUUCCCCAUAUCCCCUUACACACUCACUUCUUUAUUUAGUUUUUAUUAUCAGCAAUAAAUCUGCUCAAUUGGUUUGAUUUA